GCGGUACAUCCGGGCAACCAGCCGCUGAGUCGGGAGACUGCUUUUGAAUGAAGCCGGAGCAAAAUGGACGGUCGUUAUUCAGGCUCAUAUGGAAAUUGGAACACAGAAUCUUCUGGUGAAGGUUAUGAUGACUACAGUUAUGGACAUGGUUCUGGAUCCAGUUAUGGCUACGGUGGUAAAUCCUGGAACUCACACAAAGGCAACCAGACUUCUGAAUCCAUUGUAGCUAAAAUUAACCAACGGUUAGAUCUCCUUUCUCGUAACGAAGGUGAUGAUCAGGAAAGGUUUGCACCUUUCGAAUCCUAUGAUUCCAGGUCUUCACUGGAUGACCGUGAUCUGUUCAGAUCUGGCUUCGAUUACAGUGAUUCUGGACCUAAUCGUAAUGAUUCCUACGGAGGUCGCUUUGACUGUUUCAACAACUCCAUCAGGAACCGCAGGGAUCAAUUCCACAACAGAGCGCGUGACAGCUCCGGCAAGCAGUGGGGUCAGAACUGGUCUAGAGACAGACCUCCAAGUUACAGACCUUUCUGGAACGACUCAUUUUCAUCAUAUUCCAGUUCUGAGCGACUAUCUGCACACUGGAAUGAACUGUCAAUAGGAUAUGGAGGCAGGGGUUAUGCUUCCCUCUCCAGGAACUUCCCUUCGCUCUUCUCCCAGCCAUCUGGCUUUGAGAUCUUCGGCAUGCAGGGAGUAGUAAAGCAAUUUGGAGGUGGCAGACUGCGAAGGAGAGAGAGGAAUCGAUUCAGAAUUAGGAGAGGUAGAGGCCAAGAGAUGGGAUUUGGAAGAAAGAGGCAGCCUUCAACUGCAAGCAAUGAUGAACCAGAUUCCAAAAUGUCAAGAACGGACCAGUCAGAUCUUUCGGAUAGUGAAGCAGAAGAAAAAGAGCAAGGUUAUGGAGAUGAUGUUGAAGAUGCUGCAGGAGGUGACACCUGUGCUAACAUUGAGGAUAAAGAUGCAACUGACACCCCCGAAAAGGAGAAAAAAGAGAGUGAUGCAGAUGCUGGUGAUGGACAAGAGGAAAGUAAUGAACUAAAAAUGAAAAUGAAACCGAGGAAGAAACAGCGGGAUCGUAUUACAGAAAGAAUAAUGUAUGCCUGCUCAGUUUGCAAGUUUCGCACCUUUGAUGAUGAAGAAAUUUUCCCUCACUUGGAAAGUAAAUUUCAUAAGGAGAACUUCAAAUUCAUUGGGACCAAGCUUUCUAAGGAAACAGCUGAGUUUUUGCAUGAGUAUGUUUUGAACAAAAAUAAGAAGACACUGAAAUUUCGUGAUGCAAUGGAAGAUAAAAGUGCAAUUAUAAAGAGGAUCCAGGAACAAAACCUCUUACAUGGUAUUAGUAUUGAAAAUUUUAUGAAGAAGGUAGAAGCUGUCCACUGUAUAGCUUGUGAAAUGUUCAUUCCAAUGCAGAACAAUGCCAUCCAGCGACACAUGAAGACAUUUGACCACAACAGGAAUAGAAAAAUGAUGCUUGAGCAGUCAAAGAGGACUAGUCUUCAAGUAGCUAAGAGUAUACUCAAUAAUCGUAACAUUGUGACCAUGUUGGAAAAGUACCUCAAGGGUGAGAAUCCCUUUACUGAAGAAGAUGCUAAAGGAAAUGAAGAUGGUAUAGAUGACCCUUUGGAAGAUGAUGCAGGUGAAAAUGUCAAAGAGAAGAAAGAUGAAAUUGCAGAAGGUGAGUGGGCAGAAAUAAAGCGAGAACCAGGGGAAGAAGGUGAUGAUGGUAAAAUUGUCAAUGCAGAUCAGACCAUUAUUGACAAGUCUGAGCAAGGAGCUGAUGCCACUCAUGAAGAAGGGAAAGCAAACUUGACAGGAGACCAAUAUAGUGAAGAAUUUCUUCCAACAGAGGAAUCUGCUGAAGUAGCCGAAGAUGAAGAUAAAAUCUUGGAAGCUGGUGAUGGAGAAAAUCCUGAUGAAGGAACUGAAAGUCCCUCAGGUGGCGGUGAUGAUACAGAAGAUUUGGAGUAAUUUGUUGUACAGAUGAAAUUGUAUUUGUGUCAUUUGUUAAUUCAGCAUAGAAUUCUCUACAAGUACUCUGUCUGAAUUAAAGCAAUGUUGUUUUAGUCACCAGAAGAUUCCUGUAUUGAUCCUGGAACAUGUAUUUGGGAUAAUUCAAUGCCAUAACUGUUCCAAAUCUGGUGUGGCCCUCUGCUUCCGAGCUUUAUCUAGCUAGUUUUAUGUGAAAUGCUGUUCUCUGUGGAAGUGGUUCAUGAGUGCAUUUGCCUUGUUGACUUCCUUUUAAUUUUCUAGAGAAGGUAACACCAAUGUCUGUGCAAAGUGACUUUACCUUGUUAGUACUUUCUUUUAAAAGGAAGUUUACAAGUGUCAUUGCAUUGAUCCCUAGAUGAAUAUCCGGGAACUGGGCGUGAAAUUUGUAGUUCCCCGUGUUUCAUUGUAUAAUGCAAUUCCAAAACUGUCUGCUCAUUCUUUCAUCUUUGGAUUGAAGAUGUUGAAGGGGAUUUCACAAAAUUAGUUAGCUCGAAGAAGCAAAAAAAUGUUGCAUGCUGAUGCUUUAGUGUUUUCAAAUCGCCUUUAAUGGUAAGCAGAAGUAGAGUCAUAUUGUGUAACCAAACUUUCUACUUUUGCUUGUCCAGCAGUUUAAGUGGAACACAGUUUAUUGGAAAUGUGACAGAAAAGUUGUUUUCAGCUGAAGUUUUUGCUUAAAAGUUGAGUACAAUUUCCAUUUGUGAGUUUUAUCUUGGAUUUUAGUGAUAUGAUCUGGGUGCAGAUGGAAAUGUACUUUUUGUUUCACUGCUAGAAAGAGGAGUAAUUGUUUCUGGAAACGAUUGUAUACAAUAAAACUAUAUUAAACGCAUUUUAUAAAAUGUUA